AUGAAGACUCCGGACGAGCUCACAGAUGCUCACAUCGUCCUCUCCGCCGUUCAAGCAACUUCCGAAGGCGAACUGGACUCGCUGCUCAGAAUCGUCCGAUGGCGGCCGGACCUCUUCCCUAACACUUUCGUAUACCGACUACUGCUUUCUUUCUAUCCUGCAGAGACGUCUGAAUCAUCGGCUCUUGUCAAGUUCUUAAAGUCUCUUGGAGAUCGAUUCAAUGAUGCCAGGGGUUCCGAAAGUCCGACCCUCGAGCCCUCAAUAUCCAUUCUCACCAAGAAUGAGGCAUUACGUCGAUGCCGUGCUCUAAGCUUGCGAUCGAUCUCUGAACAUGGAUCUACACGUACUCAGAGCGAAUUGGCCAAUGUAGUCAUUGCAUGGGCAAAAAGAUUGGAACAAUUUCAUGGCUCUGCUCAGCCAGCUGGGGAAUUCGUGCAAAAUUUCAUCGGACAGGACUCUGAUCUGCGACUGUGGUAUGAGACGUAUCUUGUACCCGUCAUCCGGCUGCAAUAUGAGUUCUAUCCGGACAGUGAAGACGUGAUCGGGCUGCAGGAUAUGGAGACACUUUCGCAUACUGAUGGUAUACAAACCCUACUCCAAUAUGCGGUGCAAAGGCACAAUCCUGUCGAAGUUGCCAGAGACCUCGACUAUGUGGUAUCGCCUUGGGUUCGGGGGGAGAGUGAAACAAAGAGAAGAAGGGUGGAUCAUUCUGCUGAAGACACCACAGCUGAAAAGGACCCUUGGGAAUCCGUAUAUGACUGGCUAAUCUCCACGAGCACGACUGAAUUUAGUGUCGCAGCAAAAGCCUACGCUGAUUGGAAUGGCCCCACGGAGGACCAUCAGCCAACGGAUGAAUCUGUUGCGCGGUUUGCUCAGACUGGCAUGGCCAUUGUCUAUCGGUGCUCAGAGACUUCAUCAGAGGCUAGGAGUGUCUGCAGAAAGGUGCUCGUGAAAAGUGCAAAUCUUCUCAGCCUAGGGUCGUCUGACCUCUCGCAACCUGAGCCAGACAUAUCAGUCCCUGAGAAAUUUGCAAAAGACCUUGAUGAGACAGAUUUGCUGGUCAAUGCUCAAUUCAAAAAAUCAAACAAGUUCACGCGAGUGACUGAGUCUUCCAUUCAACUGCUGACUGGAAUCUUUGCUACGGCAGACAUCCUAUCUGGAUUUGGCCUACCUCGCACCAUAAAUGAACUGGCGCACGUCAGCAUCUUCGGUUCAGAACGCCGCCAUAAGGAUGAACUCCGUCGAUUGCUUCAACACAUUCCCAUGCAAACUCGGCAAGAGAUUGACUGGCGGUCCGUACGACGGCAGCUUCUUUGGCUCCAAUCCUGGACUAAGACCGAGUCAAUGGAUACGUCAAACCAGCGGACAGCUUUUCUCUCGCGCUUGCCCGUCAGCUUUGUAGAAACUCAAGUCCUCGAUGGAAUGCUGAAGGCUGCCCAAUUUGGUAUUGUCAAAGAGGUGUACCUCGACCACCCUUUUUCAACGCUCUCUGUGUCAGAAAUCGAAGCCCGUGUGGUUGUGGCGAUUCUCGAGGCGUAUGAUAAUGCCAGCAAUGGGAACAGAGAUCGCGGCGGAAUGAAGCGGGCAAGCGAGAUUCUGAAGGCAUUUCGACCGAACUUCCCUCAGUCCGCUGCUCUCUCCGAUAUUGAGCACUUGAUCAAGGCCACUCACAGUCUGUCAUUCUACCAGCUCACUCUGCAGCACGGUGUUCCUUUCAAGCCUGUCUCUAUUCGAGUGCAGAAAGACCCACUAACCUUGGUAGAGAAAGUCUUGGAACAGGACGCGAGAGCGUACACAAAGUUGGAAGACCUACUAGAGAUAGGUCGUAAUCUCGUUCGUGCUCAUCUACCAAAUCGACGGAACACGGUGUCAGAAGACACUGAGCCUCUUCAAUUCCGUCUGCCGGAUGCUGAGCACAGGAUAACGUACCAGGCCAUCAUGGCUGCUCUCAAUGCGAAUGACUUCGACACGGCAUAUGCCUAUAUUACAACACGCCUCAACACAUCACCGAACCAGUCUGCCUCUUCUGAAUUUGUUGACGACGUCUCCUGGCGUGCAGCUUACGCCGCGGGGAAAUAUCGGCCUAGUUCAUCGCCAAAAAAUUUGAACACUCGCAUAGACAGUUUGACACAGCGGAUGGAGCUUCUUUCCCGAGCCUUGAUGUUGGCCCCUUCUGGAGAAGCUCUGUCGGGAAUCCUUGCCACAUGGCGCCGCUACGAGGAGGAGCUGGAUGCGCUGAAAACACAAGCUGUGGAGGAAGAGCGAGCUUUCGAUGCCAAGGCAGACGCCUCAGUGCCCGGAGCAUUUGGCCUCGACAAUCGAGAAGCAGAUGUAGCUGAAACGAAGCGCUUCAUGGCUCGUCGAUCUGGGCCUGUUGGGUCCGGGCCUUCUUAUGAGGAAGAGGCGCCGUUGGGUUUGUUCGAUAUCGCCAGAGGAGCCGCGUCGGCACUACGGAAAAGUGCUGCUUUCCCUCUCGGAUCCACCGGGCUGCGAGAUCUCAAGAUACAGCCAGAAACUCCGAGAGGGCACGAUGUGCAAAGGGAGCAAGCCGGCUCUCCGGUGUCAGACGACGGCGGAAGGGUACGAAAGAGAGACAUGGUGGCUAAUAUGGUCACAAGUGGCCUCGUGAGUGGGAUGGGUUGGGUGCUUGGUGCUCAGCCCCGAGAUCGAUUGGACCACAGCGGUGAAAGCCAUCAAUGA